AAAUAGGUUGGUGAGACGGUGUAGGUAACAGUUGGACUAAGUAAGCAUUAAUAAAUGCUCUAUAACAACCAAAUUUCAUACUACAAUUACAACAAAGCAAAAAACGAAACAAAGAGAAUGGCUUCUUCACCAACUGUUCAACACAUUUCAGAUUGUUUCAUCAAGCCACUUUACAAUUCAGAAGAAUCUCAAAAACCAAUUUAUCUAUCAUCAUGGGAUUUAGCCAUGCUUUCAGUGCAAUACAUUCAGAAAGGUAUCCUUUUCACUAAGCCAUCAUCUUUUCAACUUGAUUCAUUUUUGCAAAAACUUAAAGAUUCCCUCUCAAUUACCCUUGUCCAUUUUUACCCUUUAGCUGGUCGAUUUAAAACACUUAAACAAGAAAAUCCCCCUCUUUACAGUGUCUAUAUUGACUGUGUCAAUAGCCCUGGUGCAAGAUUUAUUCAUGCUAAUCUUGAUUUAACUGUUUCUGAUAUACUUUCACCAAAAGAUGUGCCUUUAAUUGUCCAAUCAUUUUUUGAUCAUGAUAGAGCAAUUAACCAUGAUGGGCAUGAACUAUCUCUGUUAACUAUUCAGGUUACUGAACUAAUUGAUGGAGUUUUUGUUGGUUGCUCAAUUAACCAUGUGUUAGCUGAUGGUACUUCUUAUUGGCAUUUCUUUAACAGUUUUUCUGAAGUUUUCAAAGCCAAUAAUGGGCAAAAACAGCUCAUUCCCAUUUCGAAAACUCCUAAUUUUAACCAUUGGUUUCCAGAAGGACAUGGUCCGAUUAUCAAUAUUCCUUAUACUCAUCAUGAUCAAUUCAUUAGUAGACACGAAUCCCCGAAAAUGAGGGAAAGAUUCUUCCAUUUCUCAUCUAAAUCUUUAAAGAAACUCAAAGCUAAGGCCAAUCAAGAAUGUAACACGACCAAGAUUUCAUCUUUACAAGCUUUGUCGGCUCAUAUGUGGAGAUGCAUAACAAGGGUUCGAAAAUUCCCAUCGGAUCACAUGACAAGUUGUCGAAUGGCGUGUAACAACAGAGGAAGAUUGGAUCCUCCGUUGCCCGAAAACUAUUUUGGAAAUUGCAUACAAACAGUCAGAGGAAUUGCCUCAGCAGGAGAACUUCUUGAGAACAACCUUGGAUGGGCAGCGUGGAAACUGCAUGAAGCUGUAGUGAAUCAUAACAAUAAAGAAAUACGCGAAUGGGUUGAGAAAUUGGAAUGUGGUAUGAUUUAUCAGUUGGGAUUCUUUGAUCCUAGUAGCAUUAUGAUGGGAAGUUCUCCAAGAUUUAACAUGUAUGGGAAUGAAUUUGGAUUGAGAAAAGGAAUGGCACUUAGAAGUGGAUAUGCACAUAAGUUUGAUGGGAAAGUGAGUUUAUAUGAAGGGAUUGAAGGUGAUGGUGGCAUGGAUUUGGAAGUGUGUCUUUUACCUGACUUCAUGGCUUCUCUUGAAACUGAUAAAGAGUUCUUGGAUAGUUUCUCAAGCUAAUUUAGGUGUUGUUGUAUUCGGAGAAUGUUUGCUUUUCUUAAUUUAUGUAUUGUCCUUAAAGCCAAGGGUCUUUAAUUUCCUAUCACCUAAACACCAUAUUUCCAUCAUAGUGGCAAAAUUGAACGUUGUUUGGAAUAAUUUAAUUAGAUUACAUUGUACUCCUAUAUCAAUUAGGAAUAGUUACACCUAAUUGGAUUUCUUUAAUUCCUACCUUGUAAUGAUGUAACCUGAGAUCAUCUUUACUAUCAUAUACUUGUAGACUUCACUAUUUCAACCAAGAAGUUUGAACCAAAAAAUCAAACUGAGUUUUCUCAUGA